AAGCCACCAGUCCACCACACAACUACACUGCUAUUACAUGUGUAUGUGUGUAUGUGUGACUUGGAAAAACCCCCACUUAAAAUAUUUGUGCCUCACGAUUGCAUCGAGCUUCCUUUGUGUCAGCACUAGCGCGGCGAGUCUGCCGAAAGGAAAAAAGAAUCUCUUGGUUUUUAAAACAUUUAUAAUAUAUAAAUAAUAAAUUACGACGAUUAAACAAACAUUAAAAAACAAAACUUUGUCAAACAAAGUUUAAACGUGUGACAAAACGAUUCAAUAAUUUUCAUUUUAUUGAAUUUUAUAAAAAAAAAGUAAAAAAAAAACAGAAGAUCAUAUACGCACCGAGGCGGAAUAAUAUGAGUAAUGCAGCCAACCAAAAUGGAUCAGGUCUAGAGCAGCAGAUAGCUGGUCUGGACUUGCAGGAUUCCCGCCAACCAAGUGGGAAUCGCUACGUUCCACCGCAUUUACGCAACAAGUCCAGUAACGGACCUACAGUGAGUGAAAAUAAUCCUUCAUCAAAUUCACGCUCAUCAUUUGGUGAUAGAGAUAAUCGUGGUGGACGUGGUGGUAGUAGUGGAGGUGAUUCUGAUCGUAAUUCAUCAUACAGAGAUAUACGUGUUGCUGGUGGUCGUGAUGUCGAUUUUGGAAGUUUCAGCGGUGGACGAAAUAAUCGUCGUCCCCAAGAAAAUGGUUACAAUGGUGGAGGAGGAUCACGUGGUUAUGGCAAUGAUCGGAGCAACAACAUGGGAGGAAAUAGUAGUGGAAAUGAUCGUUGGCCGGAUCAAACAAAAAACGAUCGUUGGCAAGAAAACAAAAAUGACUCACGAAUGGGUGGUGGAAGAUGGAAGGACGAUAACGAGGGAGGUGGUGGUGGCGGUGGAUACAAUGGCAACAACAAUCACAACAACAACAACAACAAUAAUUCCCGAGGUGGUGGUAGAAGAACUGAAGAUUGGACAAUACCCACCAGCCGUGACGAACGUCUUGAAAUUGAAUUAUUUGGUACAGGUAAUACUGGUAUUAAUUUUAGUAAAUAUGAGGAUAUACCUGUUGAGGCAACUGGUGAUAAUAUACCAGGACACAUCACAACAUUUGAUGAAGUUAAGCUGACAGAAAUAAUAAAAAAUAGUAUAACAUUAGCUGGUUAUGAUACACCAACACCAGUACAAAAAUAUGCAAUACCAAUAAUAAUUGGUCAUCGUGAUGUUAUGGCAUGUGCACAAACUGGUUCUGGUAAAACAGCAGCAUUUUUAGUACCAAUAUUAAAUCAAAUAUAUGAAGGUGGACCACGUCCACCACCAGCAUCAGCAAGUAAUGGUCGUCGUAAACAAUAUCCACUUGGUCUUGUAUUGGCACCAACACGUGAAUUAGCAACUCAAAUAUAUGAUGAAGCACGUAAAUUUGCAUAUCGUUCACGUAUGAGACCAGCAGUUGUUUAUGGUGGUUCAAAUAUUGGUGAUCAAAUGCGUGAACUUGAUCGUGGUUGUCAUUUAUUAGUUGCAACACCAGGACGUCUUGUUGAUAUGCUUGGACGUGGUAAAAUUGGUUUACAUAAUUGUCGUUAUCUUGUACUUGAUGAAGCUGAUCGUAUGUUGGAUAUGGGUUUUGAGCCACAAAUACGUAGAAUUGUUGAAGAAGAUCAAAUGCCACCAACUGGUGAUCGACAAACAUUAAUGUUUUCAGCAACAUUUCCAAAAGAAAUACAAAUGCUUGCACGUGAUUUUUUAAAUAAUUAUAUAUUUCUUGCUGUUGGUAGAGUUGGUUCAACAUCUGAAAAUAUAACACAAAAAAUUGUAUGGGUUGAAGAACAUGAUAAACGUUCAUAUUUACUUGAUUUAUUAUCAGUUAAUGAUUAUAAUGAACCAUCUGAAUCAUUGACACUUGUAUUUGUUGAAACUAAAAAAGGUGCUGAUACACUUGAAGAAUUUUUAUCACAAAUGAAUUAUCCAGUAACAAGUAUACAUGGUGAUCGUACACAACGUGAAAGAGAAGAUGCAUUAAAACGUUUUAGAAAUGGUAAAUCACCAAUAUUGGUUGCAACAGCUGUUGCUGCACGUGGUCUUGAUAUACCACAUGUUAAACAUGUUAUUAAUUUUGAUUUACCUGGUGAUGUUGAAGAAUAUGUACAUCGUAUUGGUCGUACUGGUAGAAUGGGUAAUUUAGGUCUUGCAACAUCAUUCUUUAAUGGUAAAAAUCAUAAUUUAGUUAGAGAUUUAGUAUCAUUAUUGACUGAAGCUAAUCAAGAAUUACCACCAUGGCUUGAUACCAUGCACACUGAUGUUAGAUCUGGUGGUGGAGGUGGUAGUGGUGGUGGUUCAUCAAGAAGACCACCUGGUGGAAGUAAAGGUGGUGGUCGUUUUGCAAGUGGUUUUGGUGCACGUGAUUAUCGUCAAACACCUGGUUCAGGAAUGAAUAGAAGCAAUGGACCACCUGGUAGACCUGGUGGUUAUGGAGGUGGUCAUGGAGGUGGAUAUGGUGGCAACUAUGGCUCGUCAUAUGGCUCAAGCAACAAUGGCGGUGGUGGUGGUGGUGGUGGUACCGACUGGUGGGGAAAAUAAAUUGAAAUAUAUAAAAUAUAAUUCAAUUUCCAUCAAUCUCCAUUGCGCCUACCUACUAUUAUAAUAAAUAUAUAAUUAAUUAAUUAAUUAAUAAAAACAAAAAACACAAUUACAUGAAAAUUUUCAAAUAAAAAUUUGAGACAAUGGAAUGAAAUAAUAAAAAAAAAAAAAUAUAAAUAAAUAAAUAAACAAAUACACUGUGAAACACAUGCAAGAUUAAAGCCAAUGACAUAAAAUAAAACACAAAGUGAAAUUAUUUAGUGAAAUUAGGCUUUUUUUUUUUUUAUUUUUUUUUUUUGCGCUGUGUGUUGACUGUCAAAAAAAAAAAAAAAAAACUAAAUAAAUGAUAAAAUAAAUAAUUAAACAAAAAAGCAUACAUAGUUUUGAUGUACUUUUGCGCGACAUUAAUAGUCACGUGUGUUGAUUGAAUUUGUAUUUGCAAUUUGCCCAAGAUCUUACAUCCCAAUCAAAUUAUUAUUAUUAUUAUCUUUUUUUUUUUUUCUUUCAAAAAAUAUAUAAUUAUUUAAUUAUCUCAAAGAAUAAUAAAAAUCCAGUGCAGUAUGUGUAGAAUAAUUAAGAAUAAUUAUAUAUUUAUCAAAUUUAUUAACGUCGUUAUUGUCAUUCUGACGAAUUGAAAGAAUAAAGCCUAUGAUAAAGAAAAAAAAAUAAAAAGAAGAAGAAGAAGAAGACAACAAAAAAUAAUUAGUUAAAUAAAUAAAUUAAUGAAUAUCAUCGUGGUAGGCAAAUUUAGUACAAUUUUGUAGGAAUUCCUUUGAGACUACGAGACUCGUGUCGCUCUUAUCAUAAUUAUCAUUAUUAUUUUAUUAUUACAAUUAUUAUAAUUAUUAUAAUUACUAUCAUUAUUAUUAUUAUUGAAAUUAAAUUAAAUCAUAAUAUGAUGAAAAAAAAAAUCUCACACUGCAAACAAUUUUCAUUUUCAUUCUUUUCGUCAUUAUUAAUUAAUAAAAAAAAAAAAAUAAAACAAAUCGAACAAAUAACUUGGCAUUUAUUUAUUCAAAUCACUAUUCAUUACUACUACUACUUGCUAUUUUUAAGAAGAAAAAAAUUAAUAUUUUUAUAAUUAAAUAAUAGAUAUUAAAAUAUGCUACAAAUUGCUGCUUAAAAAGACCAAUGAAUCAUCAUCAUCAUCAUCAUCAACAACAACAAAAUAAAUGACAAAUUUUAUUUAUUUUUAAUAUUUAUUACGUUCAACAAUUAAAGUUACAAUAUUUAUUAUUAUUAUUAUUAUUAUUUAUAAAAUGGCCACAUUUUUAGAUUUUAUAUAUUUUUUUGUUUCAUCUUUCUCUAAAUAACACAUUUUCAUUAAUUUGAAUAUAAAAAAAAAAAACAUUCAAGUCAAAUAAAAAUCACAGCUUUUGAAAGGACUCACACUCUAAAUGACAUGACAAACAGACACUCAAAUAAACAGCAAUUAAUCAAGUGGCACUUGAAAUAUUUUUAAAUAUUAAAAUAUAAUUAUUUCAUUAUUUUUAAGAUUUUCAAAUCGUACACAAAUGGACGUUUUUAUUUUCAAGAAAAUUAAUUAAUAAUUAUUCAUUAAGGCAGCCACGUGCAGGCACCAUCAUCAUCAUCAUCAUCAUCAUCAUCAUUAUAAUGAAAUAAUUCUUUGUCUUUUUCAUACACAUUAUUUUAUCUUAAUUCUAGUUUUAUUAUAUUUUAUAAUUUUUUUACUUUCAAUUAUUUGUAUUACAUUUAAUCGUCUGUUUAUAUAAAAUAACAAUAAGUAAGCAAGGCAAUUUUUGUUAACAUGUAAAAUUUAAUUAUUAUAUUUAUAAAUGCUUGGGUAUUUUGAAUUGUAUAUGAAUAUUUUUAGUUGUAUAAUUAAUUUAGUUAAUUUUAAUCUCAAAAUAAGCAUUUAAUUAUUAUUAUUUCUUGUCUUUUGCAAUAAUUAUUGUAAAUUAAUUAAAACAUGAAGGCCAACAUACAUAUAUUGUCAAAUCGAUGCUGCUCUAGGCAACUUACUUGAAUUAUUAUUAUUAAGUUUAUAGGCAAUUUUAAAAAACAUCAAAAAAUAUUCUAUAAUAAUUGUUUAACAUAUAUUUCUUUAUGUUAUUUUUCUAUUUUUUCUUGAGAUUCAUUCAUCGAAAAGUAUUAUUAACAUAAUAAUAAUAGUAAUAUUAUUAUUUUAGAUUUUUUCUCAAGUUAUUGCACAAAAAUUACCUAUUUAUGUGACACACUUGUUAUGAUAAAUGUUAAAUGUUAAAAUAUAAAAUAUAAAUUGUUAUACAGCCACGUGAUAUAACAGUCAAUUCAUACAUUAAAUAGUAAUAUAAUAAAAAUAAAAAUAAAAAUAAAAAUACUACAAAAUCUGAAGGAUUUUGUUGUUGUUGUUAAAUUAAAUUGCUCAAAAAUGACAAGUUGAAAAAAAAAAAAAAAAAACAACUUGCUGUUGAAAAAAAAAUAAAAAUAAUUGUAUCAAGUAUGUAGCUGUUUUGUUGAAUUUAAUUUAUAAUUUUACGAUGAGAACAAAUCAGUCUCGUUUCCCAUUUUUCAUCAAGAAAAAAAAAAAAAAAAAAAAAAAAAAAUCUCAUUUA